AUGUCCCAACUGCCAUCCACCGAUCAAGAGCCGACGGCCGCGGACGAUGUAGAUUAUAUCUUCACCACGACGUAUGCCAUGGUGGCUGGUUUGGCAAUUGUCGUCUAUGAUCAGCUGCUUAGCAUCAGUUCCGAGGUUGACCUCGUAUGGACACGGCGGUCGUCGACGCGGAAGUGGCUAAGUAAGGCCGUCUUCUAUGCUAUGCUGCGACUCUUCGGUAUACUUUGGUCAAUAUCACACACUCUCCUUAAUAUUGGCGCACCAUCAUCAUCAGAAGGUUCUCGCAAAGAGUUGACCGGUGCGGGCCUGUGCGAAUUUGACAGAUGCUAUCGAUUGUAUAUUGUCGAAGAGAUCACCAUCGUAACUGUGACUUUUCUCCUGCAAGGAAUGAUGUCUAUUCGCGUAUGGGUUCUCUUAGGCAUGCAGCGCAGUGUCUACGCCUUUCUACUCGUAGGAUUCGUCAUUUGUCAAAUCGUCGCUGUUAUAAAUCUUGCCAUGUACUUCGUGGCAUACAGAGGAGCAACGGUCCUUGUUGACGAGCGUGUCGUUCAGGACUGCUUCGCACGAGGAGCUCUUCCAUCAUGGGCCCCGUGGAUGAUCCCACUGGCAAACGGGUUGCUCGCCUUUUAUGAGCUCAUACUCUGCGCAUGUGCCGUUUAUUACCUCUUCACGGGGAACAAGAAGCGAGGCUCCCAGGGAUUCAUCAUGGGCGGUUUGGUUGCUACCCUCGUGAGGGAUAACCUGCUGUACUUCUUUCUGUAA